AUGGCCUGCCAGAAUGUCCGCUCGUUUGAACCAAAAUUUGAGAGAAAGGAUCCAAUCGAGAAGAGCUUCGUUCCGGUCGAGAAGAGACUUAUUCUGAUUGAGAAGAGAUUCAUCCCAGUCGAGUUGGACGCAUCAAGAAUCCAAGGCAGCAGAAGGCACUAUACCAUCAUCAUUGGAUCCUCCUCCCUAGAAAAGAAUUGA